AAAGUCUUCAAAUUCGUCUUCUCCAAAACUGAAACCCCACAAAAGACGUCGUCGAUUGCAAUCUUUUCCACUCUACAACACCAUCAUGGCUGCCAAAUUGAAGAUAGCAGGGGCGUGGUCUGGUGUUUUAGAGGCUGAAUUGGAAGCAUGGACUGUACCCUUACUGAAAGAACACAUUGCAAACCGAUUGAAUUGUACGAAAGAUUCUAUUAAUCUUAUAUGUGCAGGGAAAGUGUUGCGAGAUGAUAAUGGAACCCAGAAGUUGAUCGAGUUGGGCGUCAAGAACAAUUCUAAGAUUUUGGUCACCAGGGUUUCACCUGAUCAAGGCAAGGAGUUGAUCGCUGAAGAGGAGAAGUCUACGAGGCUUCAAAGACUCAAGGCUGCAGCUACUUCACUAGCCAAGAGACAUGCUGAUGGUUCGUUGCCAGUUGAUGAUUACAAUCUUGAGUUGGAGAAUCAAAGUGGUGAAAAAGUGCAAUUGGGCUCUGAGAAUGAUCAACGUGCACUAAUGAUGGGACUUAUGUUUCAUGGAAAAGCAAAAAGAUUGGUUAAAAAUAGAAAAUAUGAAGAUGCUGUUGAGGUUCUAGCUAUGGGGGAGGAGGCUUUCUCACUAUGUGAUUCAAAGGUUGUUGAGCUAAUAGACAAUGUCCCAAUACUUCAAAUAGACAUGGUUUGGUGCUAUUUUAUGCUCAAAGACAUUAGCAAACUAUCAGUAGCUGGAAAACGCCUUGAAGAAGCUCGAAAAGGAAUUGAAAGAUCUCAUGGGAAGGAAUCCACUCGUCUCAGAUUGCUUCAUGGGAAUUCACACCCUGAACUUGCAUUGCACUUGAGAUUGGAGUUACUGGAAGGUAUAGUAGCAUACCAUAGUGGUGAUCUUGAAAAAGCAAAGAAGUCACUAAAUAGUGCUAGGGGUAAAUACUUGAAGCUUCAAGUUCCAGAUGAGGAACUAUCGAUUUUAAUGGGAAUGGGAUAUGGGGAAAAAGCUGCAAAAAGGGCACUUCGCAUGAACAAUCAAGAUGUUGAGCGUGCUGUUAAUUUUCUUGUUGAAGAAAAAGCUAAAAAACAACAAAAGAUUGAAGAUGAUAUUAAGCGAAGAAAUGAAAUCAUGGAGCAAAAGAAGUUUGGAGUUACACCACUCAGGAAAGCUGUGGAUCUUCAAAAGUUAAAGGAAUUGGUAUCGAUUGGUUUUGAGAAAGAACUUGCUGCAGAGUCCCUUCGAAGGAAUGAAAAUGAAACCCAAAAAGCUCUAGACGAUUUGACAAAUCCAGAUACCAAUUCUGAUAUACAGCUUUUUAUCGAAUCACGAAAGAAGAAGAGACUGCGUCAAUCUGGAGAUGCUGCAAUCGAGAGACUCACUGCCAUGGGUUUUCCAAGAGAAACAGUUGUGGCUGCUGUUCGUGAUUAUGGAACCGAAGAACUGGCUCUAAAUCAUCUGCUCGCGCAAAGUGCACCGAAUGGGAACCCACGGCUCAUUGGUUUGGAUGUUGGAACCAGUAGCGGCUCAGUGGGUGUGGGUCCCAGUGAAAGCAUGCCGAUUGAUGGAGACACAUUGGGUGGAUUUGAACAUGAAAUUCAAAGGGAUGUGGAAAUGGAAGAUGAACUUACAGGGGAUUUGCAACAAGAAGAUGCGUUUUCUGAUUAUGACGUGGAACUUACAAGAGAAAGUGAAGCCAUAGAGGAGUACUCGGCUCUUGUGUUGGUGUAAUUACUGAUUACUAAUUAUUGAGAACAUGAUAUAUGCAUAUACUAUAUGAUAUGAUCUUUCUGUACAUAUGGGUAUCUAUGCUAGUUUUAGUUUCAAGUGAUGUUGGAUGAUAUAACUUUAUUACUACAAGGGUGUUUUCGUAUUUUUCUAUUAGAUAAACGAGUUUUGUUGAUA